GCGAGAACGAGAAGACGCCGAGCACGAGCUCCACCUGCGGCGGCAAGAAGACGCCCGGAGCUACGGUGUGGCACGUUACACUGACGGCUGUGCUCUCGCGGUCGGAGAAAGCUGUUGGAUAUAUAACCAACAAGGGCGGUUCAGGGUUGUUCUUUCUAGGCAGCCCCCCCUCCCCCCUUCCCCUAUCCUUGUUUUGUUUAGAUUUUUUCCCCCUCCCCCCUUUGUUAGUGAGCAGCACAGUUGAUAGUUGAUGUUUGGAGUGACUUGGCACCCAGUGGCAGACCAGAACUCGACACAGCAUACUCAGCACAAGGAUGAGUACAGCCAAGCCCAGUGGGCUGAAAGCCCCCAGCAAGAUUGGAAGGCCUGCAGGGGCUGCCGCCAAGUCUGCCCCUGUCCCCACCUCAGCUGUGCCCAAGUCAACACAAGGUGACAAGACACUGGCAAGUGCUAGCCCCCACACAGCAGAGGCCCAGGAUGCAACAGAGAACUUCCGGGUGGGGGAGAGGGUGUGGGUGAAUGGUAACAAGCCUGGCUACAUCCAGUUUCUCGGAGAGACGCAGUUUGCGCCUGGCCAGUGGGCAGGUAUUGUGCUGGAUGAGCCUAUCGGCAAGAACGAUGGCUCAGUGGCUGGUGUGCGCUACUUUCAGUGUGAGACACUGAGGGGCAUUUUCACACGGCCCUCCAAGCUAUCCCGCACAGAGGGCGAGGCCAAUGGCACACAGACGGCACCGUCGUCGCGGGCUCCCUCUCCUACUCCCGCUCCUACUCCCGUUCCUGCUCUCACUCCCACUCCUACUCCUACUUCCGCUCCCGCUCCCACAUCCUCCUCAGCCAGUCUGACCUCACAGCCACUUCCGACAUCGGUUACAGCGCCGGCUUCUGCUCCCACCUCUGCCCUCAAGAAGACUUCCCCGACAGCACCAGGCUCUAAUCUAGCACGUACAAGUAGCGAGUCUGUGUCCAAUCUGUCUGAGGCAGGAUCUGUGAAGAAGGGCGAGCGGGAGUUGAAGAUUGGGGACCGCGUGCUGGUUGGAGGCACUAAAGCAGGGGUGGUGCGUUUUCUGGGCGAGACGGACUUUGCCAAAGGCGAGUGGUGCGGCGUGGAGCUUGAUGAGCCCCUGGGCAAGAAUGAUGGGGCAGUGGCAGGAACCAGGUACUUCCAGUGCCAGCCCAGGUAUGGCCUGUUUGCCCCUGUGCACAAGGUGACUCGCAUUGGCUUCCCAUCCACCACUCCAGCCAAGGCCAAAACUACAGUGCGCAAGGUCACAACCACACCCUCAUCACUAAAGCGCAGCCCUAGUGCUUCUUCUAUCAGCUCCAUGAGCUCUGUAGCCUCAUCUGUUAGCGGGAAGCCCAGCCGCACAGGCCUGCUAACAGAGACCUCAUCCCGUUAUACUCGGAAGAUCUCGGGCACUACAGCUCUACAGGAGGCCUUGAAGGAGAAGCAGCAGCACAUUGAGCAGCUGCUUGCGGAGCGUGACCUAGAGCGAGCCGAGGUUGCCAAGGCCACAAGCCACAUGGGCCAGGUGGAGCAGGAACUGUCCCUGCUGAGGGAAGGCCAGGAGCAGUAUGUGUUAGAAAUGGAGGCGAAGAUGGACCAUUUGCGUGCGCUCGUGGAGGCUGCAGACAGGGACAAGGUGGAGCUGCUGAAUCAGCUGGAGGAGGAGAAGAGGAAAGUGGAAGACCUGCAGUUCCGUGUGGAAGAAGCUUGCAUUACCAAAGGAGACCUGGAGACGCAGACCAAACUGGAGCAUGCCCACAUUAAGGAACUUGAACAGAGCCUGCUCUUUGAAAAGACCAAAGCUGACAAACUCCAGAGAGAGUUAGAAGACACUAGGGUAGCCACUGUGUCUGAGAAAUCCCGCAUCAUGGAGCUGGAACGGGACUUGUCCCUUCGAGUCAAGGAAGCGGCAGACCUCCGUUUGCAUCUUGAGUCCACACGGGGGCCAGAGGCUGACACUGCAUCCUCAGAGGAGCUGAGCUCAUUGCAGACACAACUAGCAUUGCAGGGCACUGAGCACCAGCAGGAACUUACUGCUCUGCGUGACAGGUUGGAGGCCAGCGAGAAGUCCCAGCAGCAGGAGCAGGCCAGGCUUAAGGCUGAAGUUGACCAGCUGUCAGGAGACAAUGGGCUGCUGAGGAGCCGUUUGACCCAGGCCGAAAAGGAGAAUGCAAACAUUAUCGAGUUGUGGCGCUCCAAGCUGGAGGCUGCCAUUUCUUCUCACCAGCAGGCCAUGGAGGAACUAAAAGUUUCCUUCAGCAAAGGAGCUGGUGCCCAGUCCACUGAGUUGGUGGAACUGAAGAGCCGCCUUGAAAGACUGAAGAUGGAGCACAGCCUGGAGCUGGAGGAGCUCCAGGCCAAAAGUAACAGCGAAGCAGCUUCUCGGGCCCGGGAGGUGGAGAAGCUGCAGGCCCAGCUUUUGCAGGUGUCCGAGGAGAAGGAAAAACUGGAGGAAAUGCUCCGCAGCAACCUGGAGAGGACUGAGGAACAGCACCUGGUGGAGAUGGAGGAUGUGCUGGGCAAGCUGCAUACUGCAGAAGUUAAGGUAAAGGAACUGGAAGAGCUGGAAAUCUCAGCCAGGCAGCAGGCUGAUGAACUACUAGUGCUUAGGGAGCAGAUGAAAAGGCAGGGGAAGGAAGCUGAGGAGUACAGGGUGGCCCUAGAAAGCCUCCAUGCUCAGCUGGCUCAAGGUAAUCAGGAUGCGGGGAGCAUGAGGGCCAAGUUGCAGGAAGCUGAGGUCGUCUCCCUCUCCCAAACCAGCAAGGUCACUGAGCUGACCAAAGAGUUGGAAAGCAGGCAGCAGGAGGUUCUGUCACUCAAGCAGACUCUAACCUCUGCAGAGCAGGACAGAAGCUCCCUGGAGCAGCAGUUGAAGAGUCUGAAACAAAAUCUUGAUGGCAAAACUGCAGAACAGGCUAAAACGGCGCAAACUAUGCAAGAAACACUUGAGAAGCUUGGUGUAAAAGAAGAGCGAUGCAUAUCCCUCAUGACGGAGAUGGAAGCCCUCAAGAACCAGCUGACCAACAUGGAGAGGAAGUUGAAGGCAUCAGAGGAGAAGGUGGAACAGCUGACAUCAGACAAAGCUAAUCUGGAGAGAGAUGCUGCUGAUAUGAUGAAAUCAUUAGGAGACAGUUCUACACAACUGACCAAAAUGAAUGUUGAUCUCAUUCAGAAAGAGAGGAGGCUGGAGGAGCUACAGGCUCAGCUUUUGAAGGCGAAGGAAGAGAUGGCUCACCUGGAAGAAAGCCAGAAACAGACCAAAUCCCAAAUGGAGCUCCAGCUCCAGGAAGGAAGGGAGAAGCAAAAGGCUGACCUUAAUGACCUGCAGACUCUGGUAGCUAAGUUGGAAGGGAGCCUGGCCCAGUCACAGGCCCAGAAUAAGGAGCUUGAAGCUGCUAAAGACAUAGCUGUGCGGGAGCAGUUGGAAAUAUGUGUUAGGCUGGAGGCAGUGGAGCGGGAGAGAACUGCUAUCCGAGAAAAGACCGUCGAACUAGAGCGGCAGGUUGUUGAGCUGCAGCCCUACAAGGAGCAGGCCCAGUCCCUUGCUGUUAAGCUAUCAUCUUCCAAGCAGGUGGCUGAACAGUUAACCGCAGAGUUGGGAGAUCAAAAAUUAGAGUUAGGGCAACUGUCUAGAGAACGUGAGAAUCUCCAGGCUCAGACAGAUAUGCUUCAGCAGCAGUUUUCUAGCUCUAUGGAAAAUCUGUCUGUACUGGAAGUUCAUUAUGCAGAGCUUGUGUCAAAGACUGAGGAGCUGCAGUUGCUGAAGGAUCGGUUGCUUAAGGAGAAAAAAGACCUCUGCUUCAAGAACCAGGAGCUUGAUAGAGAGCGUGAUACGUUGUAUGUUGAGAAAGACAAGCUGUGUCUACUGGUACAGGAGCUGCAAGCUUGUGUGAACAAUAUGGAAAUUGAAAACAAGAAGCUUCAGGACAGUGAAGUGCAGCAUGUGGGUCAAAUAGAGAAGCUUCUUAACACAAAUACUGAGAGGAAUGAAGAUCUUCUGAAGUAUCAGAAAGAGAUCUUGCUCCAGGAAGUUAAGAGGAAGCAGCUGAUGGAGGACUAUGAGAAGAUUUGUGAGGAAAAUGUCAGUGUGCAUGAAGAGCUGAAUCUAAUUAGAGAGCAGCUGAUAUCACAGAAGGGGAAGAUGAAAACUGAGAUGGAAAUGGCCAGAGAGGAAAACUUGUGCUUAAAAGCCAGGAACACUGAGAUAGAAACAAAAUGUGUCUCACUGGACGUAGAGAAAGAGGGUCUCUGUGCAAGGAAUGCUCAGUUACAAGUGGAGGUGGAGACCAUGCAAAAGAAUAAAUUAGAAGUCUUAACACAACUUCAGUUGUCAACUUCUGACAGGGAAGCUCUGUUGGUGGAAAAAGAAGAGCUUCAGAAUCAACUACAUGUAGCCAGGAAGGAUUUGGAAAGGUCUGUACGUGAUAUGGGAGAAUUGCAGGUUUCCAAAAACAGCCUGGUCAAGAUGCUUGAAGAAAUCAAGACCAGCAGAGAGGUAACAGACUCUGAGAGACUCCACCUUUUGCAGGAGAAAGAAGACCUUUUGACUCUUCAUAGGGCAGUAUGUAUGGAGAAGGAGGAACUCUUGAGAGAGACAGAGGAACUGUCUGAGAAGAUCUGCCUUGCUCACACUGCCAUAGAAAAGUCUCAGCAGGAUGCCAAAGAGCUGGCUCAGGAAAAACAGACACUUAUCCAGAAGCUUGCAGGAGCAGAUAAGGAACUUCAUGACCUCCACAUAGAGAAUGCAGCCCUUAAACUCACGGUACAGCAGCAUGUCAUUGAGAAGCAGUCUUUGGAAAGGGAGAAGGAAGAUCUGAUAGAAAAGUACAAAAGAGAACUUUCUGAAAAGGCAGCUAUUGCCAUGGAAAGGGACCGAUUGGCUGAAGAUGUCAACAGAAUUAGGGAACAGUUGGAAAAUUCAUGUAAGGUGAAUGCUUCCCUUGUGCAGGACAAGUCUAGUUUGGUGGCUGUGCUGGAGCAAGUGAAGCAGCAGAUGGAGGGGGUAGGCAAAGAGAAGGCCAUUUUAGAAAGGGAGAAUGCAGAUAUCAAAGUCCAGCUCCAGAAGCAAUGCUUUGAUAAGGAGAUUCUUGAAGGGCAUAACGCUUUACUCAAGGAAGAGCUUCAGAGACUGAAGACCGAAUCUGAGAAAACCCAGGCUGGACUGCUGAAAGAGAGGGAUGUCUUAAAGUCUGAGCAAGACACCCUAGUUCUCGAACAAGCAGAUUUGAACAGAAAAAUGCUAGAACGACAGAAGGAGAUGAAGGAACUGCAGGCUCAGAUUCUGGAUCUUUCUACUAAGAAUGAAAUGCUGUUGGAAGCAAAGAGAUUUCUUGAAAUGCAGCAGCAGUCACAUGCCAGUGAAAUGAGCCAGCUAGUCAGUUGUAAGAAUGACCUCCAUGAAAAGGUGGAAGCCUUGCAGAGAGAGUUAUCUGUUUCUGCUGCAGAGAAAGCUAAACUUCAACAGUCUGAGGCUAUGCUGAAGAUGGAUGUAGCUUCCCUCCAGAGGGGUCAAGAAGCUGCUGACCUUGAGCGAAUCACUUUGCUGAAUGAUAUGGAGAAGCUUAGAGCUGCCAAUUGUGCACUGCUGUCAACAAAACAGUCUUUCCUGGAGGAAAAGAUGGUGAUGCAAUCCAUAUGCCAGGACCUAACCAAGCAAAACUCAGAAACAGCCCAGGCUAUGGAGGGUAUAUCUGCCAGCCUUAAGGAAGAGCAACAGAAGACUGCUACUCUUAACCAAGAGCUAGCUACCCUACGGUUACAGCUGAAACAGAAUGACCAAGAGAAGGCAGACUUGGCUACUGAGAAAGGAAAUCUUUCUGGUAAGUUGGAAGAGUUGCGCAGAGAUGCCUCUUUGCUGGCCAAAGAGAAGGCAGAUGCAUUGGCGGCAAAAUCUAGGCUGGAAAAAGAAAUGGCGUCCAUUCUUAGUAUUCAGAAGGUGAGCUCUGAGGAGCAUACCAGACUCCAGCAAGAGGCAGAAGAUCGACAGGGUACCAUUGCUGAGUUGGAGGCAAUGUUGAUGAAGCUCCGGAGUGAAAAGACCCUGCUGGAGGAGAAGCAGCGGAUGUCUCUCAAAGAGACUGAAGCAUUAACCCAGGUGCAAGUGAACCUCUCCACAAGCCUGACCAUGCUGCAAAAUGAGAAGGAAGCUCUGCUCAGAGAGAAGGAAGAAGUUGCCCAGCAACUCAUGCAACUAGAAGCCCUUCACAAAAAUGCUUUAUCCCAGCAGCUUGAGGCUGUACAGUCCACUGGGAAACUGGAGCAGGCUGUGAAGCAGCUGUCACAGGAGAAGAGCUGUCUGCUACAGGAGAGGAGUGAGGUCCAGGCCUUGCUCCAGGCUAACCAAAGAGCAAUGCAGGAGCUGCAGACUCAGCUGGAUGCUCUAAAACAGCAAAACUCUAAGUAUCAGGAGGAGCUCUGCCUGUCGAAGGAGCAACUCAGCUCCAACACCCAGCAUAUCAGCAGCCUCUGCAAGGAAAUAGAGGAGCUGAAGCUGGCGGCUACCCAGAAGUCCCUACGCCUUGCUGCUUUGCAGGAGGAGAACAACAAGCUGGCUGAAGAGCUUGGCAGUAGACCCCAGGAGAUUGAGAAAGAGUUUGCCACCCUCAACAGCCAGCUCCUCGAGAUGGAGAGAAGCAACUUGCUGAUGAAAGAGUCCGAAGAGGAAAAGGCCUCCCUCCAGAAGUCCAUCCAGAAAGCCAGUGCCUUGAUCUCCACCAAGGACAAAGAGUUGGAGACACUAAGGAAUGAGGUGUCCAUUCUGCGAGGGGAGAAUGCUAUGGCAAAGACACUGCAAACCACUGUCCAGUCCCUGGAGAUGGACAAGGUCCAGCUGCAGGAGAGGGUGCACAGCCUGGAGCAGAAGCUGGAAUGGGGAAAGCUGGUGACUGCUGAGGUGUCCUCAGGUGACCCAUCUGUGGACCAACUCAGAGAGCAGAAGGAGUCUGCUGAGAGUCAGGCCGCGAUUGACUUCCUGAACUCAGUAAUUGUGGACCUUCAGAGGAAGAAUGAGGAACUGAAAGCCAAACUAGAAAAGAUGGCUGAGGUGGCACUCAAUGGGAAUAACACUAGUGAGCUCGACAACUAUGAGAGCAGUGACCAGCCCAAAAAGAAACCACCACCGCGCCUUUUCUGUGACAUCUGCGACUGCUUUGACCUCCAUGACACCGAAGAUUGCCCCACACAGACCCAGCUGCCUGACUCGCCACCCCACACCACCUACCACGGCAGCCGUAGUGAUGAGCGACCCUACUGUGACAUCUGCGAAAUGUUCGGCCACUGGACCGACUCCUGCAACGAUGACCAGACCUUUUGAGUUUCCCCUAGUCCAACCACCCCCACCAUCGCUACCAUGUGUCCUGCCUUCAGCCUGACAAUACUAGUUCUAACUUGUUCACUAUGUUACAGAUGAGUGGGGUUAUUCUUUCACCCAAAUAAUUUUUAAUAUGUCCAGAUCUCCUUAUUGUGAAGAAAUGAGAAGAAACACAAACCUAUCAAAUCAAACCACUCAAUCACAUAUAUAUGACUUGAAGAAAGUGUAGAUGUUAAAUGCAUUGAUUUCACUUUUUUGGUUUUGGCAGUGGACCAGCUACCUUCACUGUUUCUAUGCCCUACAUGACUGGACCAUCCCUAGUUUUGCUACUUUCAAAAGGUUGCCAGUCAGUCUGGCAUUAAAAAAAAAAAAAAAAACAGGAUUGGGGUGGCAAUUAUUUUUGCUCUGGUGUGCGUGUAAAACGUCAAUAUCAGCAGAUAUAGUACAGGAAGUCAAUACAGCCAUUAACUACCUGCUGCACCGUACACUUUAUAGUUUUCCCUUUUUAGGAACCCAGCUCAUUUUAACUGCCUUUAUAUGAACAUGUUUAAAUGAUCAUUUUCAAAGGAUAAGAUAUUCAAAAAGAAUAGUUAUGAUACUGUCAGAUUUUAUGUAAUCACUUAUGUUGUAUUCAAUGUCUAUCUGUACAAAAAUAUAAAACACAGCAUUUGGAUCAUAUUGUAUCUCCCAGUAUACAUGUAACAUAUAUGAAGUAAGAACAUUUAAAGGCUGUAAAUACCAGGUGUAUUUUUUUCUUGGCUCAAGCAAAUGAAUAUUUCUUUCUGGUGUGUUGCCAUUGUGUUAAUUAGGGUUUGGUUUUGAAUGUAAAAAAGCUUUGGUUCUGGGAAGAAAGGCAUAUCUAAUGACAGUAUUAACCCUGAACACAUUGUGGACUGUACCUUUAAUAAAUUGUGAUAAUCUAUUA